GACAUGAUAAGCAUACAUAAUGAAGAAGAAAAUGCUUUUAUAUUGGAUACUUUGAAAAAGCAAUGGAAAAGCUCAGAUGAUAUCCUACUAGGCAUGUUUUAUGACACAGAUGAUGCGAGUUUCAAGUGGUUUGAUAAUUCAAAUAUGACAUUUGAUAAGUGGACAGACCAAGAUGAUGGGGAGGAUUUAAUUGACACCUGUGCUUUUCUGCACAUCAAGACAGGUGAAUGGAAAAAAGGAAAUUGUGAAGUUUCUUUUGUGGAAGGAACACUAUGCAAAACAGCUA